GGGCUACUUCCUGUUCCACCCACAUUGCGGUGUCGUUUCCUGGUGGUGGAAGCAGGACUCAAUCCAGCCAGCCGACGUUAUCCAAACGCUGUAAACAAAAGUUAACUUAACGGUGCGGACUCAACGACACUUUCAGCGAAAAGACAUGCAUAUCAAGACAGGUACAUGGGAAGCUAGCAACACUGUGUGUGACUCCGAUUCCCUGUGUGACCCAGCAGUUCUUGUUUCAACCACCAACUCGGAGCCGCACAUUCGAAACAGACGUCUGUCUCCCGGCUCUGGUAACUGCGGUGGCGGCGGGGGUGGAGGCUGCAUCUCUGGAGGGGAGCAACAGUCCCGGCAGCUUUCACCUGAAGCGGACCUGAUCGGACCGGGCCACACAAACACCUCCAGUUUCCGUCGGGAAAAGGAACGCAAGGGCCAGCAGCACAAAGGUCGAAGUCUUCGCAGGGAAAGCCAGAAGGGCCUCAGCGGGCCUCCGAAGGCGAACCAGAAAGAGAGGUGGGUGGGGGACAGUCUGUCACUGCUCAAGCCCCCGCCUGCCUUCCCGGUGCAGGACAGUCCCGCCAAACUGCAGCCAGCUGUCAGCUACGCCUCCAAAGUGAAGGCAAAAACGCCAAGCGGCAUUCUGGAGGAGGACCGUCCCGCCAUCGGUGUUCUGCUACAGAACCAAUGGGGUCUCAGUUUCAUCAGCGAGACGAGACCCGUGUCAGAGGCCUCCAACCAUCCUGCCACCGACUGCCCCCCACAUCAACCCACAGACACUCAAGCGCCAAUAGACCCACCUGUUACGGGGCAGCCCCCCGAAGAAACUCGCAGUCCUUUCGCUACCUCCACCACCCCACCUUCACAACCUGACAUAGAUGUGAACAACGGGGAGCUGCUGCUUAGUUGUCGCCACCUCAUGGAGGCUUUAAACUUUCACAAUAGAGAAUGGAAUGCAAUCUGCAACAAACAGAAAAAAGAUCCAAAAAGGGUUGUGUGGUACAAGGACUUCCAGGAGCACCCAGCAUAGCGGCGUGAGGAAAUCCAAAGCGUAUAUAACCCCCGCCCACACAGACACACACAUCUUCAUGCACAUUAAGACAAAUAACUACGGACAAUUCUUUGAGUCCCCUUUCACACACUGCACUCAGGAUGAUGUCUUCAUGCAAAGCCACACUGAGACACUUUGGACUAACUCCUUCGAGAUCUUACAGCUUUUUUUUUUAAUCGCCUUAUAUUAACAAGUCUGCCUUAAGUAAUCAGACCAUUGUUCCAUCACCUAAUAAAUUUUAGCUUGUAUGUGUAGAGCGGGGUUUUUUUUAAUAUAUAAAUCUUUGAGCUGUACAUGAUUUUGUCACCCCCCCUUUUUUUUUUUUUUUUAAACUGUCCCGUGUAAAGCGAGUGGUCAAUCAAGCACUUUCUUAAAAGAUAUCUGUUAUGACCAAUCCCUGUGUGAGAGUCACUUUUCACCCCCUCCUAACUCCAUUCAAGGUGUCUACCUGCUAGUUCUACUGUUAAUGUCUUUGGUUUACAGAGGGGUGUGUUCAAAAGCACAGUAGAAUUCACCCUUUAAUUCUGUCAGAUCUUAAUGCUGUUUUCCCCCCGUUUUUCCUUUUUUAUUUGGUUUCUAAUCAGGUGAAUGUUGCUCAUAAAUCCAUAAGGGAGCUCAGUGUUCAAUAUUUUUUGUUUUUUUUGGGGGGGGGAAGAAAAAAAUUUAAUUACACUGGAGGAGGAAUGUAAGUGAACAGUAUUGCUUAAUAAAAUGAAUAAACAUGACAUGAUUUGUUUAUUGGGAAUUGAACUUUA